CCCUAAAAUUAAAAUAAAAUUUUAUUUUAAAAAUAAAAUCGCACCACCCACAAUGACUGUUGGGUGUGUAAAUAUCGAUACUCAUGCUUAUUACAAUAAAAUCACAUCUCUAAAAAUUUACCAGCUGACCAUAGUCACUCAAAAGUUUGUGAAAGCCGCAAAAUGAUAGAAUUUAAUCAAAUAAACUAAAUGUACACAAUAAUUUAUUAAAUACAUAGAAAAUUAAGUGAUAAGCACUUCAACACCUCAGCGACAAUAGAUUGUCGGCAGCGGAGAGAUAUUAGAGAAAUUCUUAUCAAAAAUGCAGUGUUAAAAUGCUUGGCACGGGCUCUCAAUGAUCAGUUGGUGAAAAGAAGUCAUACGGAGCAGUCGUAUAAAUUCAAGUUUCUCUAAAACCAAAGACAAGAAAAUGAAUUUCGGUGUUUUGGGCAGUGGCAUAAUUGGGCUUACGACAGCUUUGGAAUUACAAAAACACUAUCCUAAUGCACAAGUAUCCAUCAUAGCGGAUAAUUUUAAUGAAGACACCACAAGUUAUGUGGCUGCCGGCAUAUUUCGUCCGAGCACCAGUUUUAUGGGGCCGACAGUCGACAUAACACAAAAAUGGAUUACAGAUGCGUUCAACUACUGGGAUGAAAUACGUCGUUCGAAAGAAGCGCCACUUGCUGGUGUUUGCCAAUUAUCAGGAUACAUUUUCUCCAGCAUUUCACCAAAAAUUACGCGUAAUCAUUUCAUAGAAAAACUAUUACCAAUUUAUCGUCAAGCUACUGAGGAGGAAUUAAAACUAUGUCAUGGUGAUUGGAAAUAUGGUUCCUUCUUCACUACUUGUUUAACCGAAAGUCGUCUGUUUCUGCCAUAUGCCACUAAAAAAUUUCUAGAAGCUGGAGGUAAAGUAGUUCGCCAGCACGUACACUCAUUUUCGGACUUGAAUGAGAAAUUUGAUGUCGUUGUAAAUUGUACUGGACUAGGUGCCAGAGAACUAUGCAAUGAUCAGCAAUUAGUUCCGAUUCGUGGUCAAGUUUUCAAAGUGCGUGCACCUUGGAUUAAAACAGCGUUUUAUGGAGAUUAUGACACAUAUAUAAUACCUGGCUUUGAGACUGUUACACUAGGCGGUUGUCGACAAUUCGAUAGCUACAACAUGAACCUUUGCAAGUAUGACUCAAUGGCUAUAAAAGAGCGCUGCUACGAAAUGCUACCCAGCCUGAAGCGUGCAGAAGUUGUUCGUGAAUGUGUUGGCUUGCGUCCGCAUCGCGCUAUUGUGCGAGUUGAAGGUGAAAAAAUUAAACGUGCCGAUGGUAGCAUUCUUAAAGUUGUACACAAUUAUGGACAUGGUGGUUAUGGCGUUACCACAGCUCCUGGUACAUCACAACAUGCAGUGCAGAUUGUGCGCGAUAUGAUAACGAGCAAUAGUAAAUUAUAAAAUAUUUAAUCAAUAUAAUAAUUUCAUGUAUAUAUUAUACCUUUUAUAUUUCUUUAAAC